AUGGAUAUCAAAUGUUUGAGCAGCGAAAAGGCUGAAAAGCAUGAAGGGCAGAUAUCUCUCCUAGGACUGGAAUCAGAGAUGUUCCCAUCCAUCACAUUCUGCAACGUCAAUCCUUACAAGAAAAGUAAGAUAGAAAUGGUUCCAGCUCUCAAAGCACUGAUGGACGUCUAUGAACUGUCAGCCAGCGGAUCUCUUUCCUCUGGAUCAUGA